UUACAGUUUUACCUUUUAUUUCGGUUUCACGGGUCGUAUUGUUCGUAUUUGUGAUAUCUUUUAUUUUAUUUCAACCUAUUCAAUGCUCUGAAACUCGAUUCCGUUAUGAUAUACUUAUAAAAAUGUCACAGGAUUAUGAUAACGUUCGUUGUUAUCUUGUGUCUCCUGCCGUCUUCUCUUGCCCUGCAAGAGUUAACAGAUGACACAUUUGCAAGUUUCAUCACCAAGCCUGGAAAGUUCUGCAUCAUGUUCUACAGCCCGAGUUGUGGCACUUGUCAAGCUGCGCUGCCCGUUUUCAGGAGAGUUUCACAGCAGAUAGAAGAAGAUAGUACCGUGGAUAUAAAGUUAUCUCAGAUAGAUGUAUCCGAGCAUGCAGCAAGUGGUGACAGGUAUGACGUGUGGAAUUAUCCUACUAUGGUGAUCGAUGGUAGUGAUUUCCCAUAUCAGCAAGUCUACAAAGGAUCACCAACAUCACCCGAAGAUCUUGUCAAAUGGAUCAAAGAGUUCGGGUCACCUAGCUACGUUCCCCCUUUGUCAGCAUUGUGGAUCCUGGACGAGGCAAGUUUCUCAGACUGUGUCGAGGAGAGGAUAUGUUGGGUCAAAUUCACCGAUAGCAGGUGUAUGUCACAGCAGUGUCUUGGUAAAGGCAGCCAGAUACAUGAGUUAGCUAACCAUGUCAAUAAACAGCUGCAUGGUGAGGGGGUCCGAGUUGCCCAAGUGGAUCUGGCAAAAUAUCCAAAAAUAGGGGAAAAGUAUGGGAUUGAACUUAGAGGUGCGUCUGUGAACAAAGUGUUCAUCAACGAAAAAAUGUACCACUAUCACGGCAGUGAAGACUGGGCAAUUGCAGUGAAGUUCAUUGAAGCAAGAUUAAAAUCUCCACUCAAAGACCUUAAUACCAUGUCACAAUAUGCUUCUGAAUUCCUUUCCGGAACGAAAACCUGUGCUGUUGCACUUCUGUUGCCCAACCAAGAUGAUAACACCGAGACCCAAAACCACUAUCUAUCUUGGGCAGAAAGCACCCGAGAUUUCUGCAGCCAUUACCUCGUUACUAACAGAGCGAUGUUACAGGGGAUGGAGAUUAUAUUUCCCAGAUUUGUUAUCAAGCACUCUGCUAAAACUCUUACAUCUACCGAUCCUCCUCAUGUUGAAGUAAACGUUGUUACAGAAGCUGGCCAAAGUUGGUUUGCUGAACAAUUUAAGAAAAGCCAAUUUAGUUUGGUAAAUGUUAUCGACAGCGGAAGGAUUUCUACACAAUUGCGUGAUUUAGAUCACUAUGCUGGGAUCUUCGUUGAGAACCCCACGUGGGAUGAAGGAAUGAAGAAUCUAAAAGAAGCCAUAGCUGGCAUUUCAAAGAAAUUCCAGGAUAAAGGGAUCCCCUUCUUCAUUGGAAACGUUGCAGAUGUUUCGGUUGAUUUUGAAGAGGUUGACACCAUUAACGCCGGUGUACCAUUUCUUUUUAUGAUCAGAGAUAAGAAUUACAGGAAAUAUACUCCAAACUUUAAAACUCUCCAAGAAUUCAAAAAUAAACCCGAAGAGCUGUACUUUACCUAUUUGGAAAAUUACAUCAAUCAGUAUCUGGAAGGAAAAGUUGCUCCAACUAUAAAAUCUGACACGGAUCAUGGUGUUAUGGAUGGAGUUCUGGACGUUGUGGGCGUCUCAGUUGAUCGGAUACUUGGUAGAACUGACAAAGACAUUUUACUGCUAAUGACUUCAUCAAACCAAUGUAGAUCUUGCGUCCGCUAUGAAAAUGCACUCUUACAGUUCGGAGAGAAAUUUGAAAACCCCGAAACGCUGACUGUUGGAAUGAUAAACGUAGAAACAAACCAGUUGCCGAGGAAACUCAUGAUGAAGUCUUCUCCUCCUCAUAUGGUACUUCUGCCUGCUGGAAGAAGUGGCCCUUUUGAGAAUCUUGCUUACUUCUUUAACGAAAUUUCUGAAGAUAAUUUAAAGAAGUUUGUUACUGGGCACGGAAAACACAAUAUCUUGGAUAAGAAAGACCAAAAUUUUACAGAUAAGAAGGAACAUAAAGGAAAGCAAGGUAUCUCAGUGCAAGAAGAUGCAACCGCUGAAGAAGAUCCAGACGCGUAUCAAUCUAUUCAUGCUACCGUUACAGAAGAAAUGCCAUAUGAGAAAGGGUCUGGUAGUGGUGAAGAAGACCUGGAACUAACUAAACACAAAGAAAAGAUAGAGAAAAUGAUGAACGAACGAUUUGGUGGCAUGAACACGGAUUCUCAGCACCACAAUAAUUUCAACCCUAGAGAACACAAAUAUGAUGAGAAAUACGAAUUAGAGUUCGAUCCUGACGAAGAGCAUGAGGCUAUCGAUGAAGACAGCAGUUCUAAUUAUGGACAUGAUGAACUUUAGAAAAGUGAAGAUGUACUAUUACUUUAAAUUUGAAAUUUUGUGCAUAUUUAGGACUUCAAGUUCAAUUUUAACCUUUGUUAAUAUUUUUAUUUCAGAUUUGUUUGACUAAGUUAUGUUGAAAGAUCCAAUAGACCACUGUUAUUUAUUUCUCAUGAAUACACGAAACAACUAUCUGCGAAUCAGCUGUAUACAUUUAUUUGCAGUUGUGAAAAUAGUUUUAAACUUAUGUUCCUACUCUAAAUUAUUUUGUGACGAUCAUGCAACUUAAUAACACCAGUACCGAUGAUCAGUCAUUUCCUAAUUCAAUGCCGAAAAGAUCACUAUAAAUAUACCACCGUUAGUUUAAUAAUUAAGUAAUUACAUGGUUUCCACUUGUACGGCUCUCAAAUUUAGAAAAGACAAAAAUUAUCAUAACAUGUUUAAAUAUAUGAGUUAUAUCACAGGAUGAUGAUAACUUUCGCUCUUAUCCUUUGUGUUCUGUCACCUUCUCUUACUCUACAAGGGGUAGAUGACGUCGACAAUAUCGUUACCCAACAUGGAAAAGAUAAUAUUCUUGAGAGAAAAGACCAAACGAGUGUAGAUAAGAAAGACCAUAAAGAAAGUCAAGAUGACACAGUGCAAGAAGAUGCAACAUCUGAAGAGGAUCCUGAUGUGCAAACACCAUCUGAAGAUACCAAACAAGAUAACGAAUCUGUUGAUGUUAAAGAAGACCCGGAG